GUUGUCAACCUUCUCUGCUUGUAUUUCUCCGACGCCUACCAUGGGCCCAUCUGCCUUUCGUGACGACCUCCCUACCUCCCUGGCGGACCUUCUCUCCAAUACCUUGAUCCUACGUCAGACUGCCCCCUACCUGCCGGUAUCGGCUCUCCGUAAUCUGUCGCGGGCUUCCAAGGCUCUACAUCAAAUCGUCAUCCAAUCGCCCGAAGCAUUUCGCUAUCUCGAUCUAUCUCCAGUCAAGUCUGCCAUUCUACCAUUCGAUGGACCUCUCGAUGUUGGGGGCAUCAGCUUCCGCGCAGAGCGCAUGGAUGAAGCCCUUACCGAAGACGACUUCUACAGUGGUCCAUUACGGAACAUUUUCAACAGACUCGAAAAGUCACAUGUUCUUCGAAAUGUACAUACGCUGGUGCUCGAUGGGCUUAGCGUGACAGCAGAGCUUGUCAAGGAACUCCUUACAGAAGAGAGAUUCAACGUCCGCAUACUCUCCAUUCGCGAUGUGAAACAUCUGAACGAGAGAAAGCUUCAGCAAUACCUUCGAUAUGCUGUUCGCCCGUCAAGGCCUGCUGGCACUCCUCGCGUCAAGGGAAUCUAUCUGUUUGGAGCCCGUGAUCCACUACCGCGUUCUGCGUCACCCGUCGGCAGGAAGCCUUUGCCCAUCGCCAGGGGCGUCUUGUCAUCACAGGGGGCGCAAAUCGGGGCCAAAUGGAACGAAAAGUCUCAACAGGCUUUGGACGCUGCGCUAGCGCGGACCGAAGACAAGUGGUACCAGCCGUCUGGAAAAUUGAUCUCGAAGCGGCCUACCCCAGAGUGGGCAGAAAUCCUCCAAGCAUGUGAAGGCAUCAUCUCGUUUGAUGCUGUUCUCUGCAGGGGUCCUCGACAUGAUCCCAGCAAAGCCUAUGUCAGUGAUAGCACGGCCAAUGGAGCCCCUCAUCCAGCCUCGUUUCUUCGACCUACAGUCGCCACAGUAGCCCUAGGACCGUCAGGCUGCGAGUCUUGUCAUUCAUCUCCAGAGGGGCCAGCAGUGUUUGGCCAGUCUAGCACAUCUCAUCAUCCAUUACUCAGUCCCGUUCCGCUGCAUGGAAGCUCUAUCCGCGCGGCUCAGAUGCCACAUACUCUGGAUGGAUCUGCCCCUCCACCUCUCAUAGUGCGCUGUGAGGACUGUCUCAAAGGCCGCUGGUGCGAGAGGUGUCACAAGUGGUGGGACGAGGGUUGCUACACAGGAUCUACUACCGCCCAACGUACGGAGAUACAACAAAUCGAACUGGGAGAAAGCAUAGGGCCCGAUGGAAAGACUGUCAUGCUCCCAGAGCAAAAAAUCAAGGUCAUUGGCGUCAGACGUGACUGUUUUGGCUGCGGCCAUACGUGCAUAAGCUGCAAAGAGCUCGUCAUUCGAACCUGCAAAAAGUGCAAGAACGAGUAUUGUCGUGAGGACAACGACUCCUCUUCCGACACCAUGUGUGACUGGUGUAAUUACACAUCGCGGAGGACUGUGGAGAUGUAUUGAACUUGAUUUCUGGCGUGGGUAUACCUCUGUGGCUACAGAUAUGUUGUUGGACUUACGGCUUAUGAAUUAUGACUCUCCACUUAGUAUCACAAUCAGAUACUCUACUCACUCUUCCA